UAGGGGCGGGCUAGGGGGGCGGGACGAUGUGGGGGGAGGAGGAGACGUGAUCCCAGUACUGGACGGGUGUUGCUCUAGAGACCCAGACGGGUCCUGCUGAAGUGACCCAGUGUCUGUAGUACUUGGGCAGCAGAGACUGCGCAGCGGCAGGGGAAAAAACCUGGAAGUCCUCUCGGCUGCGGUGACGCGGAACGUUUUUUGGCCAAACCCCGAAAGAAGAAAUCGGAAGUGACGUCGCGGUCAAAACAAGCCGGGGUUUGGGGGCCUGCAGUGAAUCUGUGGCCGCAGAUGGAAAGGCCCGACUCGCUGUCGGCUGUCGAAGAUUUUUCAAUAUCUAAAUUCCAAGAAUACACUGGAUACCACUCCUAUAAAACAAAGAGGAAAUCAUGAAGGAAUGUUUUAAUCAUUGAAACUACAGUUGAAGUCAUGGCUACGUCAACAAAUCUGGAUAUUGGAGCCCAGCUGAUAGUGGAAGAGUGUCCCAGCACUUACAGUCUAACUGGCACGCCAGACAUUAAAAUAGAACAUCAGCUGGACUCAAACGCAGAGGAAGGAUCAGCUCAGGGUGUUGCCAUGGGAAUGAAAUUCAUAUUACCUAACCGAUUUGAUAUGAACGUGUGUUCUCGAUUUGUGAAGUCCUUAAAUGAAGAGGAUAGUAAAAAUAUUCAAGAUCAGGUUAACUCUGACCUGGAAGUGGCAUCUGUCCUAUUUAAAGCUGAAUGCAAUAUCCAUACAUCUCCUUCUCCGGGAAUUCAAGUAAGGCAUGUCUACACUCCCUCUACAACAAAGCACUUCUCACCCAUAAAACAAUCAACUACUUUAACCAACAAACACAGAGGAAAUGAGGUCUCAACCACACCUCUCUUAGCAAAUUCUCUCUCUGUUCACCAGUUGGCUGCUCAGGGAGAGAUGCUUUACCUAGCUACUCGGAUUGAACAAGAAAAUGUUAUCAAUCACACGGAUGAAGAAGGAUUUACUCCUCUGAUGUGGGCUGCAGCACACGGGCAAAUAGCUGUGGUAGAGUUUCUACUUCAGAAUGGUGCUGAUCCCCAACUUUUAGGAAAAGGUCGAGAAAGUGCACUAUCAUUGGCCUGUAGUAAAGGCUACACAGAUAUUGUCAAAAUGCUGCUCGAUUGUGGAGUUGAUGUGAAUGAAUAUGAUUGGAAUGGAGGAACACCUUUGCUUUAUGCUGUACAUGGAAAUCAUGUUAAAUGUGUAAAAAUGCUCUUAGAAAAUGGAGCUGACCCCACAAUUGAAACUGACUCUGGGUAUAAUUCUAUGGAUUUAGCUGUAGCCUUGGGCUAUAGAGGUGUUCAACAGGUUAUUGAGUCACAUUUGCUGAAGCUGCUUCAGAAUAUCAAGGAGUAGACACAGUCAUCAGGAAGUGUCGUCUGCCCUUUCUUUUACUUUUUGGCUCUUAUAAAUGAUAGUUUUGUUUACUUAUAAAUUUUUACCUCAGUUGCAAAAUUUACUGGUUUUGGUAAGUUUUAAUAAAUAUUCCUCUCAGCAAUUCACUGGUUUAUAAUAAAAUUAAUAUUGAUGCUUUUUUAUAAAUGUGUUUUACUGCAUAUUUAAAGUUAUAAAUUAAUGUUUUGUGGCAUGUAAAUUUUUAUGGUACAGAUAGUUAUCUGUCUUUGUAUCAAGUGCUGUAAUUUAACAUUUUCAAAAAUUAUUCUACCCUAUUUGUCUUCACUCUUGUAUUAACUCAUUGACUUCACAUAGGUUUGCUAUAAAUCUAUAGAAAAAAAAUUUGUUAUUGUUGAAUUCAAAAAUGCACAGUGUGAUUGUUUACAAAAUGAUGUUAUAAAUAAAGUACUUUUUCUGUUUGCA